AUGAUCGAUAGAAGUUAUUAACUUAAUUCCUCAUAUGAUUCUCAAGGAACCUUGCCACCAAAAAAUAAAUAAUUCUCUCCUGUUAUUACAUAACUUAUGAGGAAAGAUCGAGAGAUUGAAAUAAUGAGAGAUGAAUUAUCAUAAUAGAAUUAUUUAAUUGAUGAAUUGUCUCAAUAAAUUCAUUAUUUAGAGUAACAACUUAGAGAUAAUGAAACAUUUAAAGAAAAAUAUUAAUCAUUAAGUGAAGAAUACAAUUUAUAAUAAAAAGAUGUCCAAAAAUUAAAAGUUCCUGUUUAAACUACUACAGCUAAAGAAAUUUUAAAUUUAUUUCUAGAAUAAGAUAAAUAAGGAGAUGAGAAUUUUUAAAUAAAAUAUAUUGAAACUACUCCUUAUUAUAAAUAAGAAUUAUAAGAAUCCAUAAGUAGAGAAUUAGAAUCAAAAGAAAUUUUAGAAAUUUUUAUAAAGCAUUGCAAUAAGAUGAAUUAAUAGAUUAUAUAAAAGAAUCAAGAGAUUCUUUAAAUGACUUUAUAAAAGCAAGAAGAAAUAAUUUCCUAACUUAUAAAAAAAGAGGAAGAAUUGUUAUUUUAGAAAGAAAAAAGUAGAGUAUUUUAUGAAUUGUUAUAAUGUAACAUGGACAUAACUAAAUUAUAUUAAAAGUAACAUUAAGGAUUAAGAUAGGCCUUAAAAGGUUGCUGGACAAUUAAUGUGGAUUAAUCUUAGUAAAUUGAAUAAUUGAUUAAGUUAUUCGAUAAUUUAUUUUAAUAAGGCAAUACUCUUUAGUUUAAACCAAUAUUAGAUCAAAUAAAACUUUAAUAAAAUUAAAACUAUUCAAAUAAAAUGACAACUUAAUUAGAAUUGUUUAUUAAUAAGGUUUGUUAAGUUGAAGGUAAGACUGCUAUUGAUAAAGUAUAAAAGAUGGUUAUAUAAAUGGAUAAAUAUUAACAGAUUUACUAAAAUGUUUAAGCAGAAAAAUAAGAAAUGAUUGAAGAACUUUAAUUUUAUAAAAAUAAAUUAUUAGAACAAGAUGAAACUAUUAAAGAGUUUGAAAAGUUAUUAAAUGAAAUGGAGGAUAAUUAUCAUUAAUAACUCAACACAUAAACCCUAUAGUUGAAUGAAAUUAAUCAAAAAAAUGAAUUAAUCAAUCAUUAUUAAUUAAUUUUGGAUGAUUAUAAAUCACAAAUGUCAUCAAAAUAAGACUAAAAAAUACUUCACUAAUAAGAAUGCGAAAUUCAUAAAGAAGAAUAGUUAGAAGAAAUUCUCAAAAUAAUUUCUAUGAUUCUUUAAGGUUAUAAUACAUAAACAAAUGAUUAUUAACUAAAUAUUGAUAUAAAUGGUAUCAAUUUGAAUAAGUAUUUAAUAUGAUAUAUUUAGAAAAGUACAAAUUGAAAUUAAUCCUUUAAUACAUAAUUAUAUUAAUAAAAUAUAAUAACAAGUGAAUACUUAAUUUAUAAACACUGGUAAAAAUUAUUAUGAAUUAACAAAUCAUAUGGUAAAUUGUUUAUAAUUAAUGAAACAACAAUUACCUUAACAUCAAUUGAAAGUAUAAUAUUAUCCAUUAAUUUAAGAACUUUAUGAAUAAUGCAAGUAUUGACUAUAUAGAGAAAUUUAAUUAAAUUAGUUAUUGCUAUUUUGUAAAGCAAGAAAAAUUAACCAGUAGUGAAAAGGAUCUUUAUCGAAAAUAUUAUACAUAUAUUCCAAGAUUAUUGGGUGAAUUGAUAGAAAACUAAACUCAAACUUUCAUUAAACUACUAAGAGAAAAAGUGUAUAAUAGUAUAAUGUGUGAACCUAUUAUUUCCAAUAAAACAUUUUAAUGA